CUCUGGGCGCCGUUGUGCCGGGAGAGACCUCGCCUCGGGCACUGCCCAUCCUCCCUCGGCCCUUGCCGAAAACUUGGCAUCGGCGCCUUCACCUCCCCACGGCAAAGGCCCAGGUUUGAAAGCAGAAAGAGGAUUGGACACAUUGCUGGGGAAGCAGAGAUGUUGGCUGAUUUGUAGGACUUGCCUGAAGCCAGAGUCAUGGUGGAUGUAGGAAAGUGGCCAAUCUUCACUCUGCUCUCCCCUCAAGAAAUUGCAUCGAUUCGGAAAGCGUGCGUCUUUGGCACCUCAGCCAAUGAAGCCUUGUACGUUACUGACAAUGAUGAGGUCUUUGUAUUUGGACUGAACUAUAGUAACUGUCUGGGAACUGGAGACAACCAGAGUACACUCGUACCCAAGAAGCUUGAAGCUUUGUGUGGAAAGAAGAUUAAAAGCCUCAGUUACGGGAGUGGGCCACAUGUUCUUCUCAGCACCGAAGAUGGAGUGGUUUAUGCCUGGGGCCACAAUGGAUACAGCCAGCUUGGGAAUGGGACCACCAACCAAGGCAUUGCGCCCAUCCAAGUCUGCACCAACCUCUUGAUCAAGCAAGUGGUUGAAGUAGCCUGUGGCUCACAUCAUUCAAUGGUUCUGGCAGCUGAUGGAGAGGUAUAUGCCUGGGGCUACAACAACUGCGGCCAGGUGGGUUCAGGAUCCACAGCGAAUCAGCCAACUCCUCGGAAAGUCACCAACUGUUUACAUAUUAAGCGGGUGGUUGGCAUCGCCUGUGGUCAGACCUCCUCCAUGGCUGUUCUGGACAAUGGAGAGGUGUAUGCCUGGGGUUACAAUGGCAAUGGUCAGCUGGGCUUGGGAAACAAUGGCAAUCAGCUGACGCCUGUGAGAGUGGCAGCCCUGCACAGCGUGUGUGUGAACCAGAUUGUCUGCGGCUAUGCACAUACUCUAGCACUAACAGAUGAGGGCUUGCUGUAUGCCUGGGGAGCUAACACGUAUGGGCAGCUGGGAACUGGCAAUAAAAAUAACCUGCUAAGCCCUGCACACGUCAUGGUGGAGAAAGAAAGGGUAGUGGAGAUCGCAGCCUGCCACUCCGCCCACACGUCGGCCGCCAAGACACAGGGCGGGCAUGUGUACAUGUGGGGCCAGUGCCGGGGCCAGUCAGUGAUCCUCCCCCACCUCACACACUUCUCCUGCACUGAUGACGUGUUUGCCUGCUUUGCCACGCCCGCCGUCUCCUGGCGCCUUCUCUCCGUGGAGCAUGAAGACUUUCUAACGGUCGCAGAGUCGCUGAGGAAAGAAUUUGAUAGUCCAGAAACUGCUGACCUGAAGUUUCGAAUUGAUGGGAAAUACAUUCAUGUCCACAAAGCUGUUUUGAAAAUCAGGUGUGAGCAUUUCCGAUCCAUGUUCCAGUCUUACUGGAAUGAGGACAUGAAGGAAGUGAUAGAAAUAGACCAGUUUUCUUACCCCGUGUACCGUGCCUUUCUUCAGUACCUCUACACAGACACAGUGGAUCUGCCGCCUGAGGAGGCCAUAGGUCUUCUGGAUUUGGCAACGUCUUACUGUGAAAACAGGCUGAAAAAGCUGUGUCAGCACAUUAUAAAGCGAGGGAUUACCGUGGAGAACGCCUUCUCGUUAUUCUCCGCUGCAGUGCGAUACGAUGCAGAGGAUUUAGAAGAAUUCUGCUUUAAGUUUUGCAUCAAUCAUUUGACAGAAGUCACACAGACUGCAGCAUUUUGGCAAAUGGAUGGCCCCCUGCUAAAGGAGUUCAUUGCUAAAGCCAGUAAAUGUGGAGCCUUUAAGAACUGAAGCGCAAGGCUGCGGGGUUUUGUGUGCAUGCUCUGGGGUGCGCUGGGCGUGUCCAGUUUGGGGGUGAUGUGAUUCUGCAGGUAAAAAACUGUCGGGUUGUUUGCCCCCCCCCCCCGCCCCCCCCGAGACACAUUUCUCUGUGUAGGAGAUACAUGAAGGAUGUCCAGCUCUGCCUGAGCUGGUUUAAAUGUGUGUAUUUUAAGCGCUACCUUCCUUACAUUUGGGCUGGCACACUGGGAAAGAGUGAGAGUUGAGCUGUUCUUGUUCUCGUUUUUGGCUAGAGGAACUUCUGAACUUGGAAAAGAGACGUUGACAGUGUCCUGGCUCACAUUCAUCCAUGCUGUGAGAGUGUUGACUGAGAAGAGAGAGGCCCCGCAUGGUGUGCGCGAGCCCUGCAGCUGGGCUCGUGGAAGCGUGGCGUUCGUGGCUGGUGGUAGUCUUACUGUGAGGGACUGUAGUUGAGUGUGUGAGGCUUUUGUUUGUGUGCUUGUGUAUUGAUGAUUUAGUUCAACUCAAGGCAUAUCAGAAUAACACUCGUUUAACAUGACUUAGACCUACUGAAAUGAUAAUUACAUGAAGAUAAAUUUCUAGGUUAGCCAAGACUUCUUCAGAUUUCAGUGCAUAAAGAGUAGUAGCUUUAGAGUUAUCACAAAGCUGAUAACGAAUUAGAAUCUCCACUGCUUAAACAAUGGUGUUUAAUUUCAUUAAAAUAGACUUUAAGAACUCAAGUUCAAGUUGUCCCUCCCACCUUUUCCCCAAUAAAUGCUGACUCCUAAGAGGAAAAUGAUGACACAUACAGCAUUGCCUUCCUAAAUCAUGGCUGCCAAAUUGUCACUUUGCUGUGUCUGACUUGAAGACGUGGUUCUCGAAACCAGCUUCCUUACUGGACUUCAUGGAUUUGCUGUGUUUUCUGUCCACCGGCUCCCAUCACAGCUGUGCUCGUUUAAAACUUCACCACCUUCCGCUUUUGAUCUCCUGCUGCUUUUAAUUGUUACACUGUGUGGCACAAUUUAACCUCGAAGAAAGGCCCAAAUUAUGGUGUGUGUGUUUUUUUGUUUGUUUGUUUGUUUUUGAAAAGAUCUAUUUAAAAGGCAGUUGUGUUUUUGGCCUGGUUACACACUGUGGCCAUGGGAUGUAAGUAUCCACCUGUAGAGUCUGGUCCAACAGUUUGUGUGAGCUCCCUUCGUAUAUUUUGUUUCCUGCUUGGGAGGGCCCCUUCUGAGCUUAGAGCCUGAAUAAUACCUUUGCAGAGCCAAAUUAAUGAGUGUGAAGAGAUGCUGCUGCUGCUAUUCUUAACAGUGUAUUUUAAUGUGUGUAGGUAGGGGUGUGGAGGGGAAUGAGGCCCCGACCAUAGGGAUUCACUGGUAGGUGAGACAAAUAGAAACCUAGGAGUCCCAGCUGCCUUUUCUUUACCAUAUCACAAGUGACUAAUACCUAGAGGGUUAUUAGGGUAGAAUCAGCUCUGCAACGUGGUAAAACUUUUCUUUCUGGGUUGAAUGCAUAGUAACUGGAUUACUGGCUAUGAUGGGCAGUGUUUGUAACAAUCACUGUUCUGUAGGCUUAUGAGCUGAACAAAAUGAAACUCAGUGUGUUUACUAUUGCUCUUACUUGAAAAAUAAAAAUAAUUUUUUAAAAGCACAAAUUGAAGUAGUAGACCCAUAUCCAUUGAUCCAGUUCGUUCAUUCAGGAGAUACCGAGUUUCUGAUAUAGGUGAAGAACCACUUCCCAUUAAGUCACUGAGUAAUUUGUAUGAGUAUGUAUGGUAGUGAGGAGAAUUAGUUUUUCAAAAAGUACUUGAGGGUCUUUUUUUUUUUAAAAAAAAAAAAACUCUUAUUUUUCUACUUGGUUUCGUUGUUAAUUAUAGCAGGAGAUAAACACUGUUCUUUGAAUUGACUAUUUCAUCUGAUGUAAUAAUGGAAGCCAAAGUAUUCACAUUUCUCAAAAUAACCUGUAACGUACUCUUGAACUUCUUACUGGAAUAAUGUUUGAUAUUCUGGUAUGUAAGCUGUAUUUAUGUAAUGUUUAGAAUGAAAUACUAAUAAAUCAGUCUGUUAAAACAA